AGCUGCCCAGAUGGGUCAGAGGAUACUGACUGACUGUCCAAUGGGGGCACGCCUCCCUGAGAAAGGACAGACUGCUGACCCACUGACCAGAGGGGUGGAGGCUUAAUGCUACCUUUAGUUGCUGUGACUAUUUGCUCUGAGAAAAUAAGUGCCUGAUCAUGGUGGGAAUGAGGGGAGAAUGACAGAGUCACAGACAACUGACAGUAGACAGCGUGACUGCCCGACAGGGCUACAUGAGAUGCUGAGAAUGCCAGCCUGGUCAGACCUAAUCGCAGCCUGCCUGAGAGCGUGGCUGGUGGCUGAGGCUUCCUAAGCCGAGUGUGAGAUGACUUCCCCAGAGGGAUUCAGAGCACGUGCCAGGGCGAGGGUAGACGGAGAGGCCUCUGAGUGACUGCCAGUGUGAAGAAGGCAAUGACAGGCUGGCUGACUAGCAGUGUGGCUGUUAGGAAGCGCCGUAUGUCCUCCUCAAGGGAACUGCUGCUGGCCCGAGGGCACGGAUGGCUGCUGCUUGUGACUGACGGUAUGAAUGGGGGGCGGGAUCUGACUAGACAGUUGUGGUGACUGACCCAUUGUGUGAUUUGAGUUAGGACUAAUUUGAGACUGAGCAGCAGUCUAGCCAUAGUUCACUGUGGAAGGGGAGUCACGGUCUGCUCGGGGUUAAAUUGGUGACGGGCUGCCUGACGGUGGUAAUUGGAGGUCUGACAGAAGAGGAUUCCCCCCCCCCCCACUCGUCUGGCUGACUGACAACGGGAUUGGCUGACAGCGUGACAGACAGACCGGCGGACAGGCAGAGUCUCCAGCAACAACCGCCGCCGACGCCGCGCAGACGCACGCUGGGAAAGCGCCAGGGAGCACCCGCCUUCGGGACCGAGCGGAGUGGCGGGAGGGGUCCGGUCACGGCUUGCCGGUUGGUCCGCGGGGGCGCUGUCGCGCUGCAGCGCGGCCAAUAGGCUGCGCAUUCUCGGCCACGCCCGCGCGAGCUCUCUUCUCGCGAGGCCGGUUAGGCCCGAAUGUCGUUAGCCGUGGGGAAAGAUGGCGGAAAAUUUAAAAGGCUGUAGUGUGUGUUGCAAGUCUUCUUGGAAUCAGCUACAGGACCUGUGCCGCUUGGCCAAGCUCUCCUGUCCUGCCCUUGGCAUCUCCAAGAGGAACUUCUAUGACUUUGAAGUCGAGUACCUGUGCGAUUACAAGAAGAUCCGCGAACAGGAAUAUUACCUGGUAAAAUGGCGUGGAUACCCAGAGUCAGAGAGCACCUGGGAGCCACGGCAGAAUCUCAAGUGUGUGCGCAUUCUCAAGCAGUUCCACAAGGACUUAGAACGCGAGCUACUCCGGCGGCAUCACCGGUCAAAGCCACCCCGGCAUCUGGACCCAAGCUUGGCCAACUACCUGGUACAGAAGGCCAAGCAGAGGCGGGCGCUGCGACGCUGGGAGCAGGAGCUCAAUGCUAAACGCAACCAUCUGGGACGCAUCACUGUAGAGAAUGAGGUGGACCUGGACGGCCCCCCGCGGGCCUUUGUAUACAUCAAUGAGUACCGUGUUGGUGAGGGCAUCACCCUUAACCAGGUAGCUGUGGGCUGCGAGUGCCAGGACUGUCUGUGGGCACCUGCUGGAGGCUGCUGCCCCGGGGCAUCACUGCACAAGUUUGCCUACAAUGACCAGGGCCAGGUGCGGCUGCGAGCUGGGCUGCCCAUCUACGAGUGCAACUCCCGCUGCCGCUGUGGCUAUGACUGCCCCAACCGCGUGGUACAGAAGGGCAUUCGCUACGACCUCUGCAUCUUUCGCACAGAUGAUGGGCGUGGCUGGGGCGUCCGCACGCUGGAGAAGAUCCGCAAGAACAGCUUUGUCAUGGAGUACGUGGGAGAGAUCAUUACCUCAGAAGAGGCGGAGCGGCGGGGUCAGAUCUACGACCGCCAGGGUGCCACAUACCUCUUCGACCUGGACUACGUUGAGGACGUAUACACCGUGGAUGCCGCCUAUUAUGGCAACAUCUCCCACUUUGUCAACCACAGUUGUGACCCCAACCUCCAGGUGUACAACGUCUUCAUAGACAACCUUGAUGAGCGGCUGCCCCGCAUCGCUUUCUUUGCCACAAGAACCAUCCGGGCAGGCGAGGAGCUCACAUUUGAUUACAAUAUGCAAGUGGACCCCGUGGACAUGGAGAGCACCCGCAUGGACUCCAACUUUGGCCUGGCUGGGCUCCCUGGCUCCCCCAAGAAGCGGGUCCGUAUUGAAUGCAAGUGUGGGACUGAAUCCUGCCGCAAAUACCUCUUCUAGCCCUUUGAAGUCUGAGGCCAGACUGACUGUGGGGGCCUAAAGCCACCCAUCCCACUCACCCACUACCCAUCGUUCCCCUCCUAUUGAGGAAUGACUGCCAGAGCCUCCUGCCGGCCUCCACCCGCCCCCACCUGCCCGGUGUGUAGGGGUUGCAGUGAGGACUGACUCCAGGAAUUCCCCUCUUCCCACAAUUUAUCAACACCAAGACUUUCUGCAGUUGGGAUUCAUGGCCUAUGAAGGAGGUACAAGGGGUGAGCCCCAACCCAGCCCCAGAAUAGAAAGUU